CGUAAGCUUUAAGAUUAAAAACAUUAGAGACAAAUUAUGUGCCUUGAUAAAUUCUACACUGUGGGCAUUAAUGCUUUAAACAUAGCUGCAUCAUGACAGAGCGAUGCUUAAUGAAUUGGUGGAAGAGGUAUGUGUGAAGUUUCUGCCAACUUGCAUUCGCAGCUUCAGAUACCAGAUUGUGUGAUAAAUUGAACUAUAAGCAAUAUAUCAAUCAAGACAUCUUGCAAAUGGAGCAUCUAUUGGUGACACGAGAAAGUUGCCCAAGGAAUUAACGUUAUAACAGAAGACAAAUCUUAGAAAACGAACUAAUAGCAUCCAAUUGUUUAGUGGAUUUGUCUGGUAACAUCUUUGAGCCCUUCUUAAGCCAGAAGCUUAGAAAAUUUUAACUUCAACCAGGAAGUCCAACUUGUUUUGUGGGAUAGAGGAGGUUGUUUGUGACUCUGAAGGUGAAGAGACAAGGUUUAGAGAAAAUAAUAAGCAUCCUUUCUUUAUCAGUCAUAUUCAAAGUUGUUAUGACCGAAAGAGGCAGAAGAAGUUGGAGAUGAAGAAAAUUUUAUCGCGAAACUGUAGAUACACCGCUGAUAGAUCGAAUUAGCCACUGAUCUAAAAUAGAAAAUCCUUUCUUUAACGACACAGAAGCAAGUUUUACUUGGCAAACUAAAAAAAUCACUGAAAAAGAGUUUCAAUUGAUGCGUUGUCCUUCAUGAUGACAAAAGAUUAACCAACAUUUACACAAGUGUAGUAUUUCGGUUUCCUUUACGUACGUUUGAAAGUUGUUGACAGAGUAGCACAGAUCAACUAACAGCAAGCCGAAAAAGACUAAACUGUGAACCUGUGAAAAGAACGGGAAGACGUUCUUUCAAAAGAUGACAAGGAAAGAAACAGGUAGUCAUAUUGAAACCAGAAAAUGAGGACUGCACAGUGCGUUGAAAAGUUUGUGAGCAGUAUAUCAGUAAACGAGGAGGCUUUCCUCAAUUUCAGUGGUUUACCUUGCCAAGGUUCAGAUCUUCAGACAACAGACGAACUGCCGCUAGCAGUGACCAUUUUACUUGGGACCGUGUAUAUAAGUGCAUCGAUUAUUGGCACAGUUGGGAAUAUUCUUGCUAUGACCACUGUUAUAUUCAAUAAAAGAAUGCAGACUGUGGGUAACCUGUUAUUAUUAAACUUGACAAUAUCUGAUUUGUUAGUCACUAGUGUGUGCAUGCCAACGAUCGUUAGUUACCAGGUCUUCGCUUAUCCAAACUGGCCAUACUCAGAAGCGACAUGCAAAUGGUCCAAAUAUAUCGUUCAGUUGUCAGUUUUGUGUUCUGUUAUGAUGUUAAUCGCCAUCGCAGUUCAUAGAUACAUUCUAGUACACGGAGAACCAUCGAAUUGUUAUUACCCGCAAAUAAGCUUCAAACAGUUUAUUGUUGUUUACUGGCUUGUUGCCAUUGCUGCUACGAUUCCAAGUGGUUUAAGCACAAAACUAAUUAUGCUUUCGAAUGGGGAACAGCUCAAACAUUUAUGCAUCGAAGUUUAUUCGACACGUGAAAAAGAACGCUUCUAUAUGGCAGUCCGAGUUUCAACGUAUCUUCUUACAGUGACAAUUCUUACCAUCAUUUACACUUUUCUAGCAAUAAAACUGCGUAAAAGCGAAAUGGUGGACCAUGACGAGGAACGAAUAAGAGAGCGUAAGACAGCAGUGAAACUGUUAAUGGCAGCAGCAGUUACAUUUAUGAUUUGCUGGCUACCUUAUGUGUUCCACAUCAUAUUUUGCAUUUGGCCUCCAUCCCCGGAAUACACAUUGCGGGAGGGUUUCGACAUAUGUGGUAACUUUCUUGGCUUGUUCAAUAGCGUUAUUGAUCCUUAUCUGUACUGUUACUUUAGUAAAAGUUUUCGAAGGGGAUUUAAAGACAUUUUGAUGACUGGAAGACAGUAUUGUAUGGUGGUACCGUCCAACAGGGUACAUCCAAUCGACUUGAGAAAUAAUAUUGCGAAAGUUGGGGAAGAUCCCUAAUUCAUGUUACUUUUAUAGUUUUCACUAGAUGCCUUAACAGGACUCUGAAUAAAUUAGUAAAUUAAUUUAAUGUACAAACUCAUUGUUUAGAUAGAAUAUUCAAUAACAUAAGGUUCAAAUUAUUAUUGCAAUAAGGCAUGGCAUAAAUGCAAUUGAAAUUUUGAAAAGGUUUGCAAACAAGACCGGUAUGUUAUGUUUCUAUAUUUUCGUGUUAUCGAAUUGCCGUUUCGUGCCUUUGGUAUCGAAAAAUUUGAUUGGAAAAAUAGCACGAAAAAUUGGAAACAUGCUAUAAUUUCGUAGUAUCUUAAAACGACGAUACACCUAUGAAAUCUAGUACAAGUAUAAAAGUUAUUUAAAGCAUGGUCAAGAUAUUAUUUAGAAGUGGAUGCUACCCCCUUGCUUUGUCUAUGUCUGCAAGUAUAAGCCUUUGGUCUCUGGACGCGCUUAACUUAGAUCAGGCAAAAACGAGUAACUAUAUUGUCAGAUAGAAUUCUGAGUACCUGUUAGGUAAAUUGGAAGUUUGAAAUUAUAUAAUAGUGAACGUGGGCUACCGUCUCAAAAAUAUUUUCACGUUGCCUUUUUUGAUAACGCACUGAUAAAUAUAUAUUUUUUCAACUCUACAUAAAAAUAGCAUAGACAAGCAAUGUUGAAACAAUGUUUGGUUGAGGAAUUUUGUACCGUUAUACAAUGGUAGAAAGUCAUUAUGUCUCUUGUAAAUCAAUUCCCAGUAUCGAUUGUAAAGCCUAAAGCGUACACAUUUCUGAAAGGUUUUCAGAAAGAAAGAUUGUCGACAGCUAGUAGCUAAAUGAAAAAUAAUCUAGCAUUAAACUGAGCUUUUUGUGCGAAUAUCGUUCGGAAAUUGCAGAAAUAAAUUUGUCUUUGUGGUUCAACUCUGUCUGUGGCAAUGAGGAAACAAAAUAAACGGGACUGAGAAGCUGUCGGUGGUACAAACCAUUCUUAGGUAGGAGAAUGAUUAAAAAGUUUUCUAAAUUUAAUUUUUCACCCAUUCUGUCAAAAAGUCAUCGUCAUUGAACUGUUUUACUGUUGUCAGCAAAUAUCUCCCGCAAACGAGCUGCUGACGUAGAAGGGGCCUCAAUUCUCAACUGACGAUUGCAAGUCUAGAAGGCUUCCACUCUGGCAAGGUCCAUAUACCCCUUUUAUCAGUGAGUUAUGAACACUUUUGAAACACCGUAACUUUUUCCAAAUAGUGUUUCCAAAAAUGGCCUGAUCAACUUGGUUCAAAUAAAUGGAAAUCACUGGACAAUUAAAUGUACGAUAAAGGGCACAUUCGCAAUAAUGUGGUAUAUAUAAACAACCUUAAACGACAGAAAUUGUCGAGAUGGAGGAGUGACUGGCACAAAAACUCCCUUUUCCUCUUGAAGAAACCUGACAGAUUCCUACCGCACCCUACCAAAAUGCACCAUAGCUAUUCUUACUAGCAUUUCUUUAAGUUCUGACUUACACAAAACAUCCCCGUAUUUCUCUAUUCUGUGUCAUGGCGUUCACCCUCCUUCAUGUGGCAUACAUAGCUAGAAGGCAUGCAAAACACGAUUGUAGCUCACUUUCGUUAGUGACACAAGGAAGUUAUUUGGCAAGCAAAUUUUUAGACACUUCGUUUUUUGAUAAUGAAACCAGCUGGAUUAUAUAACUUAACCAUAAAACUAAUAAACAUGAUAUGAUACUGUGAUGUAGCUAAAUCAGAUGAACGCUGCUUUUAAAUCUAGGUACAAAUCACUUCCUAUUCAGGUGGCGGACAAACCCCAGAAAAUCCAAAUUGUUGUAACGUAAUGGUCUGCCUUUGAAUGUGACAAUCUUGGAGUUUAAAAAUGCAAACAAACUGUAGUUUGAUAAAAGAAAUGGCAAAAAAGGCUUCCGUAGGACGUUCCGUUCUCGUAACGCUAGAGGCCCCCUAGCAAAGCAUGUUGCAGUGGUGCUUAGAAAGAACUAGGGGCGUGUCUCUUUGAUUUCCCUUGAAAGGUGUGGCACCGAGAGGGUACUAUGAUGACGCUGAUUUCAUUUUGACUUCAUGACGAAAAACUAUUUAAACGCCAAAUGAUUGAAAAAUUUCGCCUUCGUUAGAAAAUGUUCCAUUUUCGCCGGUAGUGUCACACUUCUAUUUGCCCCUUGGCGAAAACGUCAAGAUGUUACUCUUGCUGUUAUUUUCAUUCAUCAGUUCUUUGGCAAUAUGGAAGCUAGGAAUAAGCUUCGCUACAGUACUCCUGUAUGAAAAGGAUACGCAACAAGCAGUUGUGCAUUUAUGGAUUGGUUUAAUCCAUGAACGAGGUGAGAAAUUAUCAUUUUUGAAAAAAGAUAUACGUGUAAAAGUCGAUAAUGUGAUAGAGAGAGGCGCCAAAGUGACUUGUUCAUUGUAUACUGCAAUGAAUUGAAAAGAUGGUUUUUUUAGUCAUAUGAUUUUUGCAGACAAUUGAAAGCGAAUGAUCUUGGGUUAACCUUUAACCCUUAUACAUAUGUUGCUAGCUUACGUGCAACCUCUACGCUACUUCGGUUUUAUUGCAGCCUCGAGAAGGAUUCACCAUAGAAAGGGGAUGUGUGAUGAAAAGGAUUUGCUAAGAGAACUCUCCCAAAAACAAAUGAUGAACUCUCAAAUAUUCUCUUAAAAUUAAACUUCUCUCUCUAAAAAUUAAAAGCGUCUUCGACAACAGAAUGGAGGCCUAUUCGAAAUAAAAACCAGGGUUGCAGUGAAUAUUGUUUCUUGGGGGUUCGUGUCUCUAACUUUAAAGAAGCCCGUGGUGCUCCCAGACCACGGCGACAGCGGUGCCCCUGAUAAUUCUAUUUUCUCACAGUACCGUUAAGACACCAUUUGUGCAAUUGCAAUUGAAGAUUCAAACUUCUAAUGUUCUUUACAAAUACUCGAUAAUCACCAGAAUUGAUCAAAUCGAUGAGUGAGUUUUAGUUGUCUAUAUUUCUUUACAAUAAUUUCAAUUCUUUGAAAUUAUCGAUUUUCUUUUUUUUUCAAAUAGCAGUCCCUCUGAGUAGAAAUUUGGUUGAUGAGGAUCAUGUUAAAAUGAUAUACAGCUGGUGCUAUGGAUGCUUUUCAGUGAGUUUUGGGAAACUCUGUAACUUCUAUAAGGUGAAUUAAGAAACACUGCUAGAAAGCUUUUACCCUAAUAGUUUUUCCCAAAAUUGUAAAACCCAACCUAAAACUCUAGAGCUGUUUUCUUAAAAAUCCGAGGGGCAAAUCACUCCAAGAAAAUCUCGUACACUUUUUGUGAAAAUCCUAGUGUUUUAUCUGAAAAUCCCUGGAAAUCUUUUUGUUUUAAGGAAAAUCUCGUACGCUAUUUGCAAGAGUGAAUUGCCCCUCGUAAAAAUCUGUGUACCUGAUUCACUU